ACUCCCGGUAGUCCCCGCGACGUUCGCCCUUUCCUUUCAAAACGAGGAGGAAAAGAGGCACAGGACGAAUGGAGGCUUUAGGGUGCUUGUUUCCCGAAAGGCGGGAAAGGCGAACUACAAUUCCCGACGAGCCGCGCGCGGCUGCGCCUGCGCUCUUGUAUCUGUCGCCAUCUUGCCCCUUCUGAGGCACCGCAAACAAACCCAAUUCCUGGUGUCCCCUAGUCUUGGCGGAGGAGCCUUUUAGAUGAGCCCCGAAAGGCCGGGCAGGGAGGACAGGCUCUUUGGGGCUACCAAACAGAAGCAUCAAUGCCUGUUGUGUGGCCAACCCUUUUGGAUCUCAGCAGGGAUGAAUGCAAACGGAUUCUUCGAAAAUUGGAAUUGGAGGCAUAUGCUGGAGUUAUCAGUGCACUUCGGGCACAGGGGGAUCUCACCAAGGAAAAGAAAGAUCUUCUUGGAGAACUCUCAAAAGUUCUUAGCAUCUCAACAGAACGCCACCGUGCUGAAGUUCGGAGAGCAGUAAACGAUGAACGGUUAACAACAAUUGCACAUAAAAUGAAUUUAUCCUUAUAUUUGGGUGAAAGACCAAGUUACAGUAUGUCUGGACCUAAUAGCUCCUCAGAGUGGUCCAUCGAAGGUCGGCGAUUGGUACCACUGAUGCCUCGGCUGGUUCCCCAAACUGCCUUCACUGUAACGGCAAACGCUGUGGCCAAUGCAGCUAUCCAGCACAAUGCAUCCCUUCCAGUGCCUGCAGAAACAGGAAGCAAAGAAGUAGUGGUUUGCUAUUCCUACACAAGUACCACGUCAACCCCAUCCUCUACCCCUGUUCCAAGUGGCAGCAUAGCAACGGUUAAGUCUCCAAGACCUGCCAGUCCUGCCUCCAAUGUAGUUGUCUUGCCAAGUGGAAGUACUGUUUAUGUCAAAAGUGUUAGCUGUUCAGAUGAAGAUGAAAAACCCAGAAAACGAAGGCGAACAAACUCUUCUAGCUCCUCUCCUGUUGUCCUAAAGGAAGUUCCAAAGGCUGUUCCAGUCUCAAAGACGAUCACCGUGCCUGUAAGUGGCAGUCCCAAGAUGAGCAACAUCAUGCAGAGCAUUGCCAGCUCCUUACCGCCUCAUAUGUCUCCUGUGAAAAUAACCUUCACCAAACCAUCAACACAGACGACAAACACAACAACGCAGAAGGUUAUUAUAGUGACUACAUCACCAAGUUCAACCUUCGUGCCCAACAUUCUCUCCAAAUCUCAUAACUAUGCAGCAGUCACUAAGCUUGUGCCAACAUCAGUUAUUGCUUCCACAACUCAGAAGCCACCCGUCGUUAUUACUGCAUCACAGUCCUCGCUGAUCAGCAAUAGCAGCAGUGGCAACAGUAGUUCUGCGCCAUCACCUGUUCCUAAUACAGUUGCAGUAACAGCCGUGGUGUCCUCCACACCGUCUGUGGUGAUGUCAACAGUAGCACAAGGUGUGUCUACAUCAGCAAUCAAAGUGGCAUCAACAAGGCUUCCUUCCCCCAAAAGCUUAGUGAGUGCCCCUACCCAGAUUCUUGCACAAUUUCCUAAACAGCAUCAACAGUCUCCUAAGCAGCAAUUACAUCAAGUGCAACAGCAGACACAGCAAACAGUGGCCCAGCCUUCUUCAGUCUCUCAUCAGCAACAGCCUCAGCAGUCACCGUUGCCACCUGGUAUCAAACCUACCAUCCAGAUCAAACAGGAGUCAGGUGUUAAAAUCAUCACACAACAGGUUCAGCCAAGUAAAAUCUUACCCAAACCAGUGACUGCAACUCUGCCCACCAGUAGCAAUUCCCCCAUUAUGGUGGUUAGCAGUAACGGUGCAAUUAUGACAACUAAACUGGUAACUGCUCCUACCGGCACACAGGCAACCUACACCCGGCCAACAGUGAGCCCGUCUUUAGGUCGGAUGACGGCAACCCCUGGAGCUGCAACCUAUGUGAAAACUACCAGUGGUAGCAUCAUCACAGUAGUACCCAAAUCAUUAGCUACAUUGGGAGGCAAGAUAAUUAGCAGUAAUAUUGUUUCUGGAACGACUACCAAAAUCACUACAAUCCCAAUGACUUCCAAGCCCAAUGUGAUUGUUGUGCAAAAGACUACAGGAAAAGGAACGACCAUUCAAGGGCUCCCUGGCAAAAACGUUGUCACCACAUUGCUAAAUGCUGGAGGAGAAAAGACUAUUCAGACAGUGCCAACAGGAGCGAAACCAGCCAUCAUCACUGCUACAAGACCCAUCACCAAAAUGAUUGUAACUCAGCCAAAAGGAAUAGGUUCCACAGUCCAGCCAGCAGCUAAAAUCAUCCCAACAAAAAUAGUUUAUGGGCAGCAAGGGAAAACACAGGUUCUUAUUAAACCCAAACCAGUGACAUUUCAAGCUACAGUUGUUAGUGAACAAACAAGGCAGCUGGUAACAGAAACAUUACAGCAAGCAUCCAGGGUAGCAGAGGCUGGCAAUUCAUCUAUUCAGGAAGGAAAAGAAGAACCACAGAGCUAUACAGAUAGUAGUUCCUCUUCUACAGAGUCCUCCCAAAGUUCCCAAGAUUCCCAGCCUGUAGUUCAUGUAAUUGCUUCCCGGCGUCAGGAUUGGUCAGAACAUGAGAUUGCAAUGGAGACUAGUCCCACCAUAAUAUAUCAGGAUGUAUCCAGUGAAUCACAAUCAGCUACUUCAACAAUCAAAGCUCUGUUAGAACUCCAACAGACAACAGUAAAGGAAAAAUUGGAAUCUAAACCAAGACAACCCACUAUUGACUUGAGUCAAAUGGCAGUACCUAUUCAGAUGACCCAGGAAAAGAGACAUUCUCCCGAGAGUCCAUCCAUUGCUGUGGUAGAGUCAGAGCUAGUUGCUGAAUACAUCACUACUGAACGCACUGAUGAGGGGACAGAGGUUGCUUUUCCCCUUCUAGUCAGUCAUCGCUCCCAGCCCCAACAGCCCUCACAGCCCCAACGGACCCUGCUCCAACAUGUGGCUCAGUCACAGACUGCAACACAGACUUCCGUGGUGGUAAAGUCCAUCCCAGCGUCUUCCCCUGGAGCAAUCACCCACAUCAUGCAGCAGGCAUUGAGCAGUCAUACUGCUUUUACCAAACACAGCGAGGAACUUGGAACUGAGGAGGGUGAGGUUGAAGAGAUGGACACUUUAGACCCUCAGACAGGUCUGUUUUACCGAUCUGCCCUGACUCAAUCACAGUCAGCUAAACAGCAGAAACUUAGCCAGCCUCAGCUGGAACAGACUCAGCUGCAGGUGAAAACUCUGCAGUGCUUCCAGACCAAACAGAAGCAGACCAUCCACCUGCAGGCAGACCAGCUCCAGCACAAACUCCCGCAGAUGCCUCAGCUCUCCAUCAGGCAUCAGAAACUUACCCCUCUCCAGCAGGAACAAGCACAGCCCAAGCCAGAUGUACAGCACACACAGCAUCCCAUGGUGGCCAAAGACAGGCAGCUUCCUACCUUAAUGGCACAGCCCCCACAAACUGUAGUACAGGUACUUGCAGUGAAAACCACACAGCAGCUCCCGAAACUACAGCAGGCUCCAACCCAACCAAAAAUCUACGUGCAACCCCAAAAUCCCCAGAGCCAAAUGGCACUCCCUGCCUCGUCAGAGAAACAGCCGGCAAGCCAGGUGGAGCAGCCAAUUAUAACCCAAGGAUCCUCUGUUACAAAGAUAACAUUUGAGGGGCGCCAGCCUCCCACAGUUACAAAGAUAACUGGUGGCAGUUCUGUGCCUAAGCUGACAUCACCAGUUACAAGCAUAUCUCCCAUUCAGGCCUCUGAGAAGACAGCAGUGUCAGACAUUUUGAAAAUGUCUUUGAUGGAAGCUCAGAUUGAUACAAAUGUAGAACAUAUGGUAGUGGAUCCCCCAAAGAAGGCUCUAGCCACUAGUGUGCUCACUGGUGAAGCAGGAUCUUUACCCUCCACCCACAUGGUGGUGGCAGGGAUGGCGAAUUCCACUCCCCAGCAACAGAAAUGUAGAGAGUCCUGUUCAAGUCCAUCUGCUGUUGGCCCUCCCCUAACGACCAGGAAACUUGAAGCAUCAGGAGUGCCUACGACAGGCCAGUUCAUGCGUAUUCAGAAUGUAGGCCAAAAGAAAGCUGAAGAGAGCCCAACAGAAAUUAUCAUUCAGGCCAUUCCCCAGUAUGCCAUUCCUUGCCACUCCAGCUCCAACGUGCUAGUGGAGCCCAGUGGACUUCUUGAGCUAAACAACUUCACCAGUCAGCAGCUGGAUGACGAUGAAACAGCAAUGGAGCAGGACGUGGAUAGCAGCACGGAGGACGGGACUGAACCCAGCCCCUCUCAGAGCUCUGCGUCCUAGUGUUUGGACACGGGAGUGCACUUUAAAACCUGCUUGGUUACCAAGUGUCCAGGGAAACUCGUAUUUUGUUGACUAAAAAAAAAGCACUUUGCUCAUACUUAGGCUGUGGACCUUGAAACAGCAGUGUUUCAACAAGAUAUUGCUGCAGGAGCAGCAUUUUAACAAGAUAAAACUCACAGGGGAAUGUACUUUUUAAUAUAUAGAUAGAUAGAUUAAAAAGGAAAAAAAAAGCAAAGAAAAAAUGCACAUCUCCAGAGAUCUGGUGUUCUCUCUCUGUCAGAGCUUGGUCAAUGGGAAAGUUUUGUCUCUCAGUGGAAAGAAAGAGACUUUUCCUGUGAAUGUUCCUCAGCUGGUUUCCACUGAGCAAAAUGCCACCAGAAAAUAUUUUUUAAAAAGAAAGAAAGGAGAAUGUGAAUAGUUUGUAUUUUGAAUGAUGUUUCAGGAACAGCUUUUUAAAAUCUUGUAUGUUUUUGCAUAUCCCCGGAAUUGUUGAUUUGGCUAACAUUUUACAUUUGCUCAGUUCAUGAUUAGUAUAUAUGAAUACCUAAGAAAAUGCUAGCAUUAAAGAGUCCUUGCUGGAUGGUAGAAAUCAGAUCCCUGACCAGUGGGAAGUACUUUGGGGUGGUGUGUACAUGCCCCUCGGUUGUAUGCUAAUUUAUUGUGUUCCACACACUCACCUAUUUAUUUAAUGUAAACAUUUCAGAACAGGCCAUAUUUCUUUUCUUCUUCUGAACCAGGAAUGCCUGGCCUUUCCACCUCCCCUCCUCUCUUCUCCCCUUUAAGACAACUUAUUAGAAAAUGUUUCAUUGGGAAGCAGAGGAAAAGAAACAUUUUCUGGCCCAACCGAAACGUUCAGUUACGGUGAAGAAAACAGACUAUUCAUUCAUUUGAUGCUUUCUUGAUGUUGAAAUUGCACAUUCAUGUUGGACUCAGACUUUGAAAGUAACUUUUACCUACUUUUGUUUAAGCCCCUUUGAAAUGUAUAAAAAGUUCAUUUACAGUUCUAAAUGUAAUGUUUUUAAGUACUUUACUUUUUUAGGACACAGUUUGUUUAAACGCUAUGUUUUGGUCUCGUGAUUGCUGUCUGUCACAAGUAGAAGGAGGGGGAGGAGGUGGGAGGGUAAGAGUCGGUUUUGACAAGUUGUGGCAAAGGAAACUAUACUUUUAAUUUUUAAAAAAUGUAAAUAGGAAAGUUUUUAACGGUUUUCUAUGGAUUUCACUAUAAAUAAGCAUUUUAAGACUGACAGGUGUUGAACUGUAUAUACACACAUCAGCAUAACUGCCCAGGUUUUUGGUGCUGAAGUACUGUAAGUAGAAUUCAUCCACAGCCUCGUAAUUUUGCAUCUACAUCUGGGGAAAGAAGCAGUGAUGCUGAGGUUGAUAAAUUCACACAGAAUGACACUGAAGAUUUGAACAUGAGCAUUCCUGAGCUGCACUGGUUCAUGGUGGUUGUCCACAUUUCUACUAGGUGAUGAUGACUUACCCAUAGAUGGAGCUGUUGGACAUCAUUUCAUUGUACAAGUUCAUUUUAACAGCUCUGUGACUGUUCCUAGUUAAGUAAUUUUUAAACUCUCUUGGGUCAUAGACUUCUUUGAGAAUCUGACUAAACUAUGAAUUCUCUCACCAAAAAGAUACAUGUGCCAGUACGUACACAUAAUAGAUUUUGCAUACAGUUUUAGGGACUUGUGGACUACUAAGCCUACCUAUGUAUUCCAGGUGAAACUCUGUUAUAGUCAGACCAUUACUUCCAGAUGUAACUUUUUAUAAAAUAAAGUCUCUUUUAAAUACUCA